AAUAUUUUCUGCAUUAUUCUGAACUUCAAUUGGUAUCAGAACCUUAAAGAAACCCUAGAGUUACCUACUGUUGAAAAACUUUCUAUUCCCUGCAAUCGACAAUCUUUGUCGGCUGUCGGUUGUAGGCCCUUCCUCAAGCUUUUUUCUCUGCUCUAGUCAUAUGCCAAACAACCUUACCCUGCUACCGGAUAUCUCACGAAGAAGUGAAGAUGAGAGAGAUUCUGCACAUUCAGGGUGGACAGUGCGACAAUCAGAUCGGGGCCAAGUUUUGGGAGGUGAUCUGCAACAAGCACAAGAUCGACCACACCAAAAAGUAUAACGGAGAUUUGGAUACCCAGCUUGAGCGGGUCAAUGUAUACUACAACGAGGCCAACGGCGGGAGGUAUGUUCCUAGGGCGGUGCUUAUGGAUCUUGAGCCGGGCACCAUGGAUGCCUUAAGAUUAGGGCCAUUUGGGCAAAUAUUUCGGCCGGACAACUUUGUGUUUGGACAAUCUAGAGCAGGUAACAACUGGGUCAAGGGACACUACAUGGAGGGCGUUGAGCUCAUUGAUGUUGUUCUGGACGUGGUGAGGAAGGAGGCUGAGAAUUAA